CAACACUAUUUAUAUAUGUUUGUUAAGAAGCACUCUUGCUGACAAGGUACUUUUAUACAUGGAGAGCCAACAUGAUACAUAACAAUAUUAGUAGGGGUUAUCAUAUGACAUAAAUCAUAAACAGGGGUGCGCAUUGCUUGAUAUUUUAAACAUCAAAAUAGAUUUUUUCCUUUUGUCAUAUAGAGAUAUCACACGCACUAUUCAAAGAUUGGAAUACGGUGCCAAAAAUGAAAUGUUGGAACCUUAGAAGAAUUUACCCUUUUUAGACAUUUAAUCUCUCGCCUUUUAUUAUUAGCAGAGUUCACAUAGUUCUACACAAAAAAUUUGUCGAACCGAAUGGGAAAAUUUUUUUUUGACCUUAAACUUUAUUGUAUGACACGGUUUAAAUAUGUUUGUUAAGAAGCACUCUUGUUGACGAGGUGUUUUUAUACAUGGAGAGUCAACAUGACACACAACAAUAUUGGUAGGGUUAUCAUAUGACAUAAAUUAUAAACACGGGGGCAUCUUUGCAAUUAUGAGAUAGUUUUUGUUUCUUUUUCUUCACUUCAACUCCAGCACAUUUUAGAUAUAAAACACCGCCGCAGGAUAAACCCAAAAUUUGAUCAACAAAAACUCACUGAUUCUCCGAUCGAAUGGCGACAUCGGCGAUAGAGACUCGGCAGGCGAAAGACGCGAAUCACCACCACCAACAAAGCGGCGCCGGCGUUGGUGGGGAAGGGCUUCGGCAAUACUAUCAGCAACGGAUACAGGAUCUUGAGCUCCAAGCCUGCCAAAAAACUCACGAUCUCCAGCGCCUCGAAGCCCAUCGCAAUAACCUCAGUGGCCAAGUGAGGUCGUUGAAGGAAGAGCUUGAGCUCCUUCAGGAGCCUGGAUCAUAUGUUGGUGAAGUUGUCAAAGUUAUGGGGAAAUCAAAGGUCCUUGUCAAGGUUAGUAGCUGUUUCUGCUGUCAGCAAGCAUUUGUGUUAGCUAUUAUGUUAAAUACAUAUUGGUAUUUGCAUACAUGCCACUCCUUCAUAUUAACUGAUUUUUGCAAUUGGUGACAAAAUGGGAACACAAUAGGGAAAAAGAUCAUUUCCACUUCAUGAACCAGUUGAUUACUCUGUCUUGCUUUUUGGUUUUUUAUUAAUCACAAGAAAUUAUUGCUGAACUAUGUGAUGAAAGUUGAAAAAAGUUAUUCCAAAAUAUUGAACUAAUUAAUAAAAUUUUCUUCUCGAAUCUGCUUGUUAGCCUAAGCUGUUUAAAAAGAACUAGUAAAAAUUAAAAAACUGUCAAGGAAUAUGAAGUAGGAGAGUGAAACAAAUGCAACUAUGACAAAUAAUUCUCCUCCAUCCUUCACUCUCUCUCCAUUUUUUAUUUAUUAAUUUUUUUUUUGGAAGAGAGAGUGGUUUCCAAGUGGAAAAAAUAUCCGAGGUACUCUCACAUUUACAUGGUGCUAAUUUCUUUUAUGGGGGAUUUGUUUAAAAAGCCUAGUCAACAAUAAUAUUUGGUAAAAUAGGCUAUGUCAAUACUUUUUGGUUAAUUAGCCUUUAGUCUACUUCAUAAUGUGUUAAAAGUCUUAAAAACCCUUUAUUUGAAAUAUCUAAAAUAUCCAAUUUGAAACAAAAAUUUACCAAAUUCCUCAAACUUAAAUGCCAAUUUUUAUUCUAACUUUUCGUAUACAAUUUAAACCAACAAGUAAAAUGGCAUACUGCCUUUUAACGAUUGAAUGUCAUUUUAACUAAUAUCAUGUUUGUAUCACUUUAUAUUUCUUCGUAUCCACAUAAAAAUUAAU